CUAAUCUCCUCCCCUCCCCUCCCCGCCCUCACAGCACCGUUGCUGUGAAGACCCACAACAGACGACACCACCUGCAAUGGUGAAUUUGCAACUAUGCAAGACCCAACACUGGGGGAGCAAUCUAACUGUGAGGGGUUGCCUUGCCGACGUUGCCGUUGUAAGAUGCAGUCCACUUGACGAGUCACCACCGCCACACCAAAGCUCCACCCUCCGGUAAUGAUCGAUUUUCAGGAAAAUCGGGUUUGAAAAAUUUUCUGUAACCGUGCCGAGUUUGUGCAUUAUAUUGUAUCUGGUAUUGUCGAGAGGCGGAUACGACUCAGCCGAGUUGCCGAUACUUUGAACCCUGUAGCCUCACCAAAUCCACAUUACCACCCAGACAUAUCAUGACUGUACUGUAAGAGCCCAUCCCUCACUGCUAAUUAAGCCUUCUUCUCUGCUAUCCCCUCUCCAAAGACGCUCUCAUGGCGGACAACCAUGAUAUCAGACAAGAGAGCAUUGCCGAUCUGUACAAGGCUUUGAUGAAGAAAGACUACGAGAAUGUGGCUAAAGUCUGCCAUAAACUUCCAGAAGGGCCGUUGCAGAGAAUCAGUCUUCACAAUGACACAGUCCUCCACGUGGCCGCUCACGCCGCACAAAGCGAUGUGGUACUCGACUUGCUGAAUAUGUUGCCUAAAGAUCUCAACCGUCCACUCGCUGAUAUAAAAAACAACGACGGCAACACUAUUCUCCACGAAGCAGCCACCAGCCAUGGCAUGAUCGAUGUAACAGAGGAGCUGUUGAGGAGAGAUGCGGGCUUGCUAAUUGCGUGCAACAACUUGGGAGAGAAGCCUAUUUUUUGUGCAGCCCGCUAUGGUCAAACUUCAAUGUUCGACUUUCUGGCUUGGAAAAUGGGACUAGAGCAACAAAAUCCAGAAGAUUGUAAAGCUCAUUUGCAGAGGAAUGAUGGAACAACAGUUCUUCAUAUUUCCAUCGCCACUGAGUGUUUUCAUUUAGCCUUGUUCAUCACCAAGCGCUACCCAUUCUUAAUCGAAGAAAGGGAUCAAUCCUCAAUCACUGCUCUUCAAUAUCUCGCAUGCAAUCCAACAGCAUUUCGAAGGGGGAAAAGACAAAUAAGACGAGGUUUCAUAGAACAACUCAGCAAAUCAAAAAUUGAAGCGAGACGAGGAUCCAUGGGAGAAGUAUUUUUGGGGUCUCUCAUCUUAUUAUAUAAGCUACUAUUGAACCCAAGAAGAAGCAUGAUAAGAGAUGAAAGAUAUUCACUUGAAGAACUUGUCACUCUUUUGGUAAAAAAAGAUACUUCAUGGGAUGCUAGUAUUAAUUCUCAAGCAAUAAGCCUAAGUGAGGGUAAGAAGGAGCCCGAAAUAAAAGAACAUUCCUCCAAAUCAUCCCAAAUAAUGGAAGGACAAAACUCCCAAGAAAGUUCAACUAGAAAAUACAAGAAGAGCGAUGAAAGUCCAUUAUUUUUGGCAACAAUGUCAGAUAUUAAACAAAUUGUCAAAGCAGUACUCAACUUCCGACCUCAGGCACUCGAGCAUACUAAUAAGGAGGGAAUGAACAUAUUACAUGUGGCAAUCCUCUACCGUCAUAUUGAUAUUUUUGAUAUGGUGAUAAAGUUUGAAGUGCUUGCAAGAAGGCUAUUAUCAGCUACUGAUAAUGAAGGGAACUCCAUACUACAUAUGGUUAGCCAAAAAAGAAAAAGUCAAGCUAGUGAAAAGAUGCAAAGCCCUGCACUUCAACUACGAGAAGAGUUGCUUUUGUUUGAGAAAGUGAAGUCGGCCUGUAAGAUGCAUUUCUCCAAUCCUCUCAACAAAGACCAGCAGACUGCGGAAGAAUUAUUUGCUGCUAAAAAUGAGAAACUCCAUCAAGAAGCCAAGGAAUGGCUAAUGCGUACCACGGAGAAUUGCACCAUUCUUUCCGUUUUCAUAGCCACUGUUGCCUUUGCAGCAGCCUACACGGUACCAGGAGGUCCUGAUCAAAGCACCGGUAUUCCAAUCCUUAACUCUAAACCCUUCUUUGUGGUUUUCAUUUUAGCUGAUGUGAUCUCCCUCACUAUGGCUUUGAUGUCUGUGGGUAUAUUUCUCUCCAUCCUUACAUCCUCAUUUCCAUUAGAAGACUUCAAGAGAUAUCUUUUUAAAAAGCUGAUACAGGGAAUUAUAUGUCUGGUCCUCUCGGUCUCAAUGAUGGCAGUGGCGUUUGGAGCAACAAUCGUCCUGAUGAUGACACAUAGUCCAAAAAAUGUUGUUUGGGAUGUGGUUGCAUUCCUUCCAGUCCCAAUUUUUUUUCUUUCAUAUUCACCUCUACGUUCAGUAGUGCUGGGACCUUGUCGAGAAUGGUUCGGAAGUUUUGUUCAAAACUUCCUCAUAGUUGUUGCCAUUCUGGUUGUAACAUUCCUCCUUGUCCUCUUUUUUCUUCUCUUUGGAGCUUUUGACGGACUGCGCUGGACCUUUAAAAAGGUUUGUGAGCUUAUAUGUAAACCUGUUCAUUGGAUAUCUGGGAAGAAAUCCGAGCCCAAAUCCGAUACCCAAUCUCCUCAGCCAACUACUCAAGUUUGAAAAAAGAAACAGAAUCUCGCUUCAGAACUCUUUUCAGAGCACCUUUUCUAUUUCCAAGUAGUAACAGAACAUGUUUGUGUGUUAAUAAAUUAGCAUAUUGAGAAUGUAGUUUUAGUUGUACUACUAAGUUGGUGGAAUCAAAUUUCCACAACACUUGAGAUCUCUGUAUCGUGCUAGAGGAAAAUCACUUCCAAGCAGAAUCAUUCUAUCAUAAGGGAAGAGCGCCAAUCAACUCUAUGUGAAAGAGGGUGUAUUUUUUCUUGAGAGAGCGGUUAGAUGAUCAGGUUUUCCUAA